CCGUCCGGGCCUGGCCGUGGUUCGGGCUCCGUGGGCCGAGGGGGGGUUGCGAGGUGGCUGCUGUGGGAGGAGGAGGCGCGGGAGACCGAGGAUCUCAAGCUGGGACCAAUCCCCGAGUCCCAGGCCGCAAUCCCCGAGCCUGCACCGCACCUAAAGGCGAAACCGGCCGAAUGGGCCGCUGAGUCCGAAUCGGGGACUGUGUGGAGCCCCCUGGAGCUAAGAGCAGGAUGUUCCGCUUCAUGAGGGACGCAGAGCCUGAGGAUCCCAUGUUUCUGAUGGACCCUUUUGCUAUUCAUCGUCAGCAUAUGAGCCGUAUGUUGUCAGGUGGCUUUGGAUAUAGUCCCUUCCUCAGCAUCACAGAUGGCAACAUGCCAGGGACCAGGCCUGCCAGCCGCAGGAUGCAGGCUGGGGCUGUCUCCCCCUUCGGGAUGCUGGGAAUGUCAGGUGGCUUCAUGGACAUGUUUGGGAUGAUGAAUGACAUGAUCGGGAACAUGGAACACAUGACAGCUGGAGGUAACUGCCAGACCUUCUCAUCCUCCACUGUGAUCUCCUACUCCAAUACGGGGGACGGUGCCCCCAAGGUCUACCAGGAGACAUCAGAGAUGCGCUCAGCACCAGGAGGGAUCCGAGAGACACGGAGGACUGUGCGGGACUCGGACAGUGGACUAGAGCAGAUGUCCAUUGGGCAUCACAUCCGAGACAGGGCUCACAUCCUGCAGCGCUCCCGAAAUCACCGCACGGGGGACCAGGAGGAGCGGCAGGACUAUAUUAACCUGGAUGAGAGCGAGGCUGCAGCAUUUGAUGACGAGUGGCGGAGGGAGACAUCCCGGUUCCGGCAGCAACGCCCUCUGGAAUUUCGACGGCAUGAGGCUUCAGGGGGUGGGGGCCGGAGGGCUGAGGGGCCUCCCCGCCUGGCUAUACAGGGACCCGAGGACUCCCCCUCCCGACAGUCUCGCCGCUAUGACUGGUGAGGGCCCUAGGCCCUCAGCCUCUCUUGUACAGACUGUGAGAGGCUGAGAAUCAUCCCCUGAAAUAACUUUUCCCUCUCCAACUCCUACCCCCAAUUUAAUAUUAAAUUAACAGGCAAGCUGGCCCCCACCUCUCCCUGGGGGUCUCAGGGAGAAUUCCUCACUGCCCCCUUUACCUACUUUUUCCUUCAUUAAUCCUCUUACCAUGAUGAUUCCACUUCUCCUGUGUCCGGUAACUUGAUUUUUCAUUUUGCUGCUCCAUCUUUGAACCUCCUCACCUCCCCCAUUCUCUCCCUACCAUGCAUUGAGGGAAGGGUUUUGGGGGUGAGCUCUGGGUCUAGGGCCUUCUCCAUCCCUCAGCUACCCUGGAUCUUUGCCCAUCUCUUCUUCAGAGGCCACUUCAGAGGCCUUAGCCCUUGUCCAGGGCUGUGGAGGCUGUGGAGAGAGAGAACUGGUCUCAUUCCCAUCUCUCCUGUCUCCCACCCACCCAACCACACUCACAUCACAAAAAUCUUCCCUACCCCCUUCAUUACCUUUAUUUUUGAUUUGUGCAACUUGUUAACUAUGUGUUUAUGGAAUAAAGGAGAAUGGAAAAAAAGACCAAGUAA